CGGGGCGCGCACCCGGAAGGGCCGCGGCCGGAGCAGCGCAACAGGCGGCGGCGGACGGGCCGCGGCGGCGCGGACUGGCUCAGGAUGGACAAACUGAAGAAGGUGCUGAGCGGGCAGGACACCGAGGACCGGGGCGGCCUGGCCGAGGUGUCUGAGGCGUCUUCCUUAAGCUGGAACACCCGAAUCAAAGGCUUCGUGGUGUGUUUUGGCACAGGAAUUCUCUGCUCACUGCUGGGGACUCUUCUGCUCUGGGUGCCCAGGAAGGGGCUGUACCUCUUCGCAGUGUUUUACACCUUUGGAAACAUUGCAUCCAUCGGGAGCACUGUCUUCCUCAUGGGACCCAUGAAACAGCUGAAGAAAAUGUUUGAGCCCACACGUUUGAUCGCAACUAUCCUGGUGCUGUUGUGUUUUGCGCUCACCUUGUGUUCUGCCUUUUGGUGGCAUAACAAAGGGCUUGCACUCAUCUUCUGCAUUUUGCAGUCUUUGGCCCUGACGUGGUAUAGCCUUUCCUUCAUACCAUUUGCAAGGGAUGCUGUGAAGAAGUGUUUCUCUGCGUGUCUUGCAUAACGCGCGGCCAGUUGUGCAAAGCUUUGGGAGGCCCUGUGGAUGGAAGCUGGUGGACAGUUUUGUACAUACCUUUAAACCUCUCUCACAGACAUGUGCCUUUCGUCUUGCAGCAGUGUGUUUCUCGCCGUAUGAACAUUCAUGGGUUGCUUUUCGUGGCAGUGAUGUGUCCCCAGCCCCAUGUGUCUGUAGCACAGUGGGAGGGGUCGGCUCUGGGUGGUACGGGGAGGAAUUCGCUCCUGCAUCCCUUCCCUCUUUGGAUGGUGUCCCACUGAAUUCUCAUAAAUGACAACCGUGUUGAGCAGCACAUAAGCCUUGGGAGGCAGGGAUGGCCAGGUGACCCCAGGUAGCCCCUUCGGAGAUGGCUGGGGUGCAGCAGUAAGGGACGGAGUUGGGGUUCAACAGGAAGUUGUAGACUUGGCCCUCGGCUUGGAGACCGUCACCCUGCCCCACGUGGCAUGGACAUGCCUCUGCUCUGGCGUCUGGGGACAGGUGGUCCUGCCCUGGCAGCUGCACACGAGCCCAUGCAGAGCCUGGCCGGGGAGGGUAGGAAGGCUUUCUGGUGACAGGUACUGUUUAAGUCUGAACCUCGGCACUCUGGCUCUUGAUCCGCACCUGACUGUGGAACAGAUUUGCUGACAUCAGGGUACUCUUUCUCUCUCGGGUUUCUCUGUCUUAUUUUCCUCCUCUGUCCACAUAACUGUGCUCAUGACGUCCUGGAACGAGAUUGAGAGGGGACAAAGCAACAGAGAAAAGGGUGCUUUUCCUUUGGAGAACAGCCUAUAGGAGCUGAAAAUGUUUGAUGUUCUCUGCUCUAUUUUGUUUCUUCAUUGUUUAUAAAUGUUUGCUUUUAAACGGAUUUUAUUUUCCAUUCUCUGCUGGAGUGGGGCCAAGGGAGAGUGGGUGGGAAGGCAGCCCCCUGUGGGGCCAGCAGGAAGGAGGCACAUCUUCCCGGUGACCUUUCGAACGUCCCGGCGUUGACACGUGAGCCUGUGCUGGAAGCACUGGGAGAAGACGAGACGUGACAGACUACAGGGUGGUCACAUCUCGGCCUGAUGCUUAACCGUGGACAAAAUCCUUUUGUGUCCGUGAUCUUGUCUGGUCCUGGCACCGCCUUGUGAUGAAGCAGGGGACGUCAAGGUUCACAGAGAUCACCAGAUCCACCCAAAGCCACAGUUGGUGGCAGAACUGAGCCCAGAGCCUGGUGCCCCAGCUUUCACCUCAUGCUCCCACGUUUCCUGGUACCUCCUGUACCUCCUGUACAGUACCUCUGGGGUACCUCCUGUAACUAUUUUCUGUUGGCAUCAGCCAAGCCUGUGCCUUUUCUGGUCCCCGUCUAGCUACGUCACUGCGUGUCUCCCGCCCAGUCUCCCUUUGGGAAGCGUCCUCUUGGACCUGCAGGAUCUCUGUUCUCUGUGUGCUUUGAGCUCCUGGCUGCCUGGCCACCACAAUGGCCCGUCUUCCUUGCCAGAGUCCGUGGCGCUGCUGGCAUCCGCAGGCCUCCUACAGGAAGAUGGAGUCUCCUUUCUGCUCUUCACCAGGCGAGCUGCCCACUUGGGCUCCCACACACCGGCAGUGGUCCCCUGUCCUCUCCUUGCUUGUGGCUGAUUGCUGAACUCUUGCUCCCUCUGGCCGGCCUUCUAAGCUGGGGAGGUGUGAACAGGCCUAUGGGCGGAGUGUGGGGCCAGUCUGUCCAGGUCCUUUCUUGGCCUUCACGGGCAUCUUGCCUUAGGCUGCGUUCCCAACCUGCCUUCAGCCAGGAAUGGAAGUGAAAUGCUGCCCUCUGGCUUUCAUGGAAUUCUUUCACCUCCCAGGUGCCUCUCGGAGAUGGUUCAGAUCUCCGAAGGGCUCUAGGGUGCCUUUUGAGAUGUCACCAGGGUGUAUUGCAUGAACGUGAACGUGGCGUAGCACACACUCGUGUCACCUCACCUGUGGUCCUCCGAUUGCUCAUCUGUUUCAAAAUAACGGGACGAAACAAUUGCUGCUGGGUUGUUGCAGGACGUCAAUGGAAUACAUGUCAGGUGCUGAGCACAGGGCCCAGCACAGGUGAAUGGUAACUCAGUAAAAGGUCGGUACUGCUGCUUAAUCCCAGAAAUAACGGAUGACCCUUGAAGGUGACAGGGUGAAUGUGUCUGGCCAUUAGAUUAUGUAAGAAAAUUUUAUCUCGUAUUCUGUGUCUGGAACUGUAGAUAUUCCCAUGCAUGAUCUCAUUGAAUAUUCGCAAUAACUGCAGGCUAGUGGUCUUGUCUCCAUUAUUCAUAUAAAGAAGGAAGAGUCAGGGUAAGGCGUGUGUGCCAGAUUUCACCCGUAAGGGGCGCCGGUUCUUGCAGAAAAGCGCCUGCUUUGCCCUAGCUCUGGUGGCCCGGUGGCCACUUGUUCACAUGGCUCUGUUCAGGACACUUGGGCAGCUUUUGGACAGCUCUUCCUUCCAGGAUCUUCAGACUCCUAAAUUUCUCCUGCCACCUUAUUCUCUAUUUGCUUCCUGACCUGUCUUCGUCUGCUGGACUGUGGGAGAAAAUCCAUUUCAAAUCCACUGAAAGCUGUUACCAAGCAACCUAGCGGGGAGGUGAGUGGAGAGUUGGGGUUGUAGACCCCGGAGCUGGUCGUGGUCUCCGUUUUCUGCUCCCCUCCUUUGCAUCCUGCUCUGGUGGCUGCUGGGUGGAGGACAGGCCGUUGUGUUUCUGAUUUGGAGGUGACUCUUGCAGACUGGAAAUGUGCUCACCUGCGGUGCCACUUCCCGCUGCAUGGAGCCGUGCGCCUCUUGCUGGUUCUGAUAGCCGUGCUGGGAGCAGCCCCGCUGUCCACCUGGAGGGCCGGUCCGUGCUCUUGGCCAUCUCCCCUCCCUGCGCCCCGAGACUGGGGGUAUCUGCUAACUCACUGCCUCCCUUCUCCUCUUGUCUCACUGUAAGACACUUCCCCUUUGGUUCUGGCUGGGCUGCGCCGGCUGGAGAUGCCUGCUGUCCAUCUCCCAGGUGGGCUGGGGCUGUCAUCUCUAGGGCAGGCGGGGCUCUCCCCGGUGGAGCCUUCUCCCCAGGCGGUUGCAGCUUCUCUCUGUCACUCGUGCAGGGCGGUUCUGUGGACUGUUUUCCUGAGUGCCACCUCCUUUCCACCCUAGUCAGUGUGUGCUCGGGGAGCAAGGCACAAAAGCACAAAAUGCAUGUAAAUAAAAGGACUUUGGGAUCCUUCCAUUAGGAAACUAUUAAGUGGGUUAUACCUUCAAAAGAGGGGAGUGGGGAUACUGAUUUGGCUGCUUCUGAUUUUGUGAGCGCCACAAGCGCUGUCGCCCCAGUGCUGAGAGAUUUCAUGGAAUGAAUUAGGACAUUGAGCCGCAGCCCGUGGCUGUGGAUCCCUUUGUGGGCAGCUGGUGUCCACUUUCCUCGGGUGACUCGUGACUACGUUCAGCUGCAGAGUUACAAAUACGUAAAAACCCACAGCCUCUCCUUAGGCUUCAUUUUCAACACAUCAACAACAGAUCAGUGUUUUAAAGGGUUAUCAAGCCACCUUGCUAGAUUUUUACCAUAGUUUUUGUAAUUUUAAAAUUUAAAAAUUUUUUGAUGUUUAAAGAUGUGCAGUUUCUUGGCAGAUGUCAUUUUUUGAAAAGUUAGUAGACCUUCCACUGAAGUUAAAUACCGAUUUUAUAUCUGUGUGUCUCUUGGUAAGAAAUUAACAAAAGAAUUUAGAUUUAGACUUACAGAUUUUUGGGGGGAAUUCUUAUUAAAAAAGUUGGUUGGAUGGUUAAGUUGUAUGACUUUAAAGUGCCUUGCAAUUCAUAAUUUUAUGAAAUUCUGAGAUCUUGAGAGUUUGUAGCUGAGUAAAGAGGAAAGUGCUGUACAGUUUAUUUCAUCCUAGUUCACUCGAGAUUUGGUGUUUAGUUCCACUUUCUGGCUAUUUCCAGUUCUACUCCAAAUACGUGGGAGCCCUCCCACAUCCCUGGAACACCGAAGCUUUGCUGUUGGAUGCUCAUGUUUGUGUAGCCCGGCCUCCCAGACCUCACUCCAGGGCUCGUGAGAGGGACCGGGAGCAGCAGAGCCAGUGUUAGUUAAAGUAAAGGGACGAUACAGUUACAUCCCUCCUAGCAGGAGCUGACAAACUAAUACAAGGCUUAGACAUGUACUAGGAUUUUCUGUAGAUUGACGAGCUGAAAGCAGGAAAGAGUGAGUUCUCUAGAUGGGAGAAACUCGGCUGGCUGAAGCCGAGAUCAGUCCGUAGCAUUGUAAUAAAAUACUGAUGUAUGCUUUCACGACAGAGUAAUGUCACUACAUGUGAUGAACAGCACCAGAGAAAGGGUCAUGGACAAAGGUUCCCUGCUAUGAACGGGGCGUCCUGUGCAUCAUCCUGUGAGACCAGACAGGUAUAUGGGCAGGUGCCGUGCUCUGCCUGUGGAGGGUCCCACACUGACCUUGCCCUGAGUACACACGAGCUUGUAUUUGUGCAAUGUCCUCAAGGUGAGUCCUAGGGGACACUCACUCAGUCUUGGGGUCUUCCUGCUAUGAAAAGUGUUUAUUUUGCCUUUUUCAAUAUCUUUGCUUGACCUAGCCACUUUGAACAAAGGAAGCAAAAAAACAACACAAAA